AUGGCGGCUGCUUACACCAUCAAUCGAAUUCCUAAUACUGCGCGACCCAACGUUAGUCCAUUUGAAACUCUGUAUGGGUCGAAGCCAGACUUAAGUCAUUUCCGUGUCUUUGGUUCGACUGGUUAUCUACGAGUCGCGGAUUGCAAGCGCACUAAAUGGGACAGCAAGGCAAACAAGUGUAUUUUUCUCGGGUAUUCGGAAAAUUCAAAGGCGUACCGAGUGUGGGAUAUUGCGAGAGGACAAUCGGUUACGACUAGGUCCGUUACGCUAAACGAGAGUCCUCCUUCGCGGUACAAAGAUGUUGUUGUUUUAGGUGAACCUUUAGCUCAAUGCAAUCAUUAUCAUGAUGAUUUAGACGAAGUAAAGGUGGAAGUACCUGAUUUGAACAAGAAUAACGAGGAUGACGAAAUGGACGUUGAUGAAACUGCUGACAAUGAUACUAGUUGGGAAGACAUGGUUGUGGAUGCGUCUGGAGAUCUCAAUCAGUCACAAAACUUAGAUGUUGUUCCGAUUGAGAGGGAGCGCACAGACAUACAAGUCAUUGACACAAAACAAUUCGAUGAUACGUCGUACUUCACACGGAUCGGUCGCUGGAAGUAG